AUGAAGAGAACUAAAGAACAAACAACCAUUCUUGAUAUCAUUAAAUCGGAAUCCAAGAAGAAAAAAGUUGAAAAUACUACUCCAAUUAAGCCUGUUAAUACCAAUGUCACAAAUACAUCAUCCACAUCAGCAACUUCCUCCUCACAAACUGAUUCAACAAAAAAUUUUACCUAUCUCAUCAAUGACAUUGAUACUAAUGGAUCUCAAGUAAAAUAUGUUCCAAAUUUUCUCUCCAAAACAGAGUCAAAACAAUUGUUUGACAAACUCAUGCAAGUGUGUACAUGGGAACGAGAUGAGUAUAACAUUUUUGGAAAGAAAAUAUUAUCACCUAGAAAAAUUUCAGCAUUUGGAGAAACAAACUAUGUCUCAAAACUAAAAGGUAAUUAUUCACAGCGCCAUAGAAGACCAACACAUAGUGAGUGGCCUGAAGAAUUAAUUGCUCUUAAGGAAAAGGUUGAAAAAUUCACAGGUGAACAAUUCACAUUCGCCUUAAUUAAUAGAUAUGACAGUGGUCAAGAUUCCAUCAUGUGGCAUUCUGAUCAAGAAAAAGACUUGGCUCAACAUUCAUCCAUUGUGUCUAUUUCAUUGGGAGAAGUACGAGACUUUCAAUUUAGACCAAUUCCUGACAAACGUGACAAUGAAGAAGGUGAGAAUGAAUCAUCUAAUAAGGAUGGGAAGAAACGAAAAAAGAGCCCAAUUAUCACUAAGGCUCUUGAAAAUGGUUCAAUGGUUGUCAUGAAUUAUCAGACACAACGUAAUUAUCAACAUGCACUUCCAAAAAGAAAAAAUGUUCAAGGAGUAAGAUUGAAUGUAACUUUUAGACAUGUAGUGAGAUAA